AAAUCGAAAAAAUGGGCAAAGGCGGUAUGAAGCGCGACAACCACCACUGCCCCCAAAGCAGACGUGGUGGAUGCAGAUGGAUCAAUUCACCCGUCCACCGCUGCUAUACCCACACUUUUGUGUGUCCAAUCCACAACUUGCCUCACCAGACAUACCAGUCUUGCCUCAGCUGUGAUGGUGCAAGAUUGGCUGUUGAGAGAGCACUCAGAAACAGUCAGUCUACUGCGCAGGAUCUUACCACUCUCCAUCACGACUCAAGUGCUCUGGAUAAUUGGUUCCUUACCACCUGCUUGACCACAAGACCUCAGGGAGCCAUGGCACCAAAGGACGGGGUCUUCACAACUACUUUCUGGUUCCUGGCUGGUCUGUUUGUGUUGUUGUUCUGGAGAAUUCCUUCU